AUGACCAAAACAAUAUACUCAGAUAACGGUACCAACUUCGUAGGCGCAAACCAGCAAUUGCAAGAACUGCAGAAUUUAUUUUUAUCGGAACAGCAUAAGCAUCAAGUCCAAACGUUUUUGACCGAAAUAGGUGUCAAAUGGAAAUUUAUUCCACCUAGAGCUCCACACUUUGGCGGAUUGUGGGAGGCAGCCGUAAAAUCAGUAAAAGGACAUUUACGUAAGACGUUAGGAAACGCAAUGCUAAUUUACGAAGAAUUGUAUACUGUGUUGGUACGUAUAGAGGCAUGUUUAAACUCACGUCCUAUCACUCCCCUUUCAUCCGACCCUACUGACUUAAGGGCACUUACUCCCGGCCACUUCCUUAUCGGGAGUUCUCUGAACAGUAUCCCGGAUAUCGAUGUGUCUGCGAUGGCGUCAAAUCGAUUGCGUAGAUGGCAAAGAACUAUCCAAUUAACGCAACAAAUAUGGCAUCAAUGGCGCACGGAGUAUCUGUCGCAAUUGCAAGGACGGAAAAAAUGGCUAACGUCAAAAGGAGCGCCACUUAAGGAAGGGACCCUAGUAAUUCUCCGGGAAGAAAAUAUACCUCCGCUUCAUUGGCGCUUGGGUAGAGUUACCAAAAUAUUAGCGGGCAACGACGGAGUAAUGAGGGUAGCAAUGGUGAAGACGGAACGAGGGGAAAUAAAGCGGACAGUUCGAACUUUAUGUCCAUUACCCACUGACGAAUAA